GAGUACAGCUGCAUGCAUACACCACCGCUUCGUUAUUUAGAUGGAAUACAUCAGACUAUGCGCCAGCACGCUCCUCCAUCCAUCCCGACCACCAUUUAGCGUCACUACCGAAUGAUGAGUGGUGCUCAAUAUUUGGUUUAUACCAGAUCAGAUCGAGCGAAUCCGAAUCCGCGGAGACAUUCGUUCGUAAUUACAUCAGUUCAUCGUCACAUGUGAUCCUGUUUUGUUCUGUUCCGCUCUGAUCAUCAUCAACAAUCGCUUGCUACAUACAAGAACUAUAGUUCGUGCAAAUAUUAACAGUGCAAAUAUUCAACAUAUCUGGCCAGAGGAACCAUGGUCAAGUGAGGAUCAAUUCUAGAAUCUGUGAUAAUUAUUGAAGGAGGAUAACAAAAAAAUUGUUAAUUAUGUUGAACGACAAGAAAAUUCAAAUUGUUCCAUCGAAUCCCUCCUUGAACGUCGAUAAGAGCAAGGAGGCUUUCGGCAGUCUCCUCGAUGAUAUUCAAGAGACAACCUUUAAACCACUCUACAGACAGACUAUAGGUUCUUUGGGUCCGAUACUGCUGACGAUAUGCGGUGGCAUGGUUUCCGGUUACUCCGCAAUUCUACUUCCGCAAUUGGAGUAUAAGGAUAGUCCUAUUAAAGCUACCAAAAAUGAGGAAUCUUGGAUUGCAUCAUUGGCUCCUUUACCAAUGGCAGCCGGAUGCAUCUUCGGGGGUUGGAUGAUGGACAGAUUUGGUCGAAAGAAAUCGAACAUACUCGGAACGAUAUUCCUGACGAUUGGCUGGGUCUUCAUCUACCAAGCAACUUCGGUGGAAUACAUAAUGGUGGGUCGUCUCAUCACCGGCUUCUUCAUCGGCACAACUGGUCCAUCCUCGACAAUUUACAUAGGCGAGAUCUGCGAACCCAGAUAUCGCGGUAUAUUCCUAGCAACUAUAGCUCUCGGCGUCGCCUUGGGCCUCUUCAUAGCGCACAUCCUGGGCACAUUCCUCGCCUGGCAAGUGACCGCUCUGAUAAUGGCAGCCUGCCCAAUCGCAGCGUUCAUCUUCAUCAUCAUCUCACCAGAAUCGCACAUCUGGUACGCCAAUCGAAACGACUACAAACGCGCCAUGGAAGCUUUCUUCUGGUUGCGCGGCAACAAUGAGGCGUCCCGCCACGAGCUCUCCAUCAUCUUCGAAUCCAGAACGAAGGAUACGAAGAAGCGAUCCUGGAAGGAGCUGCUCGCAGAGUGCUCGAAACCGCAAUUCUACAAACCUUUAAUGAUCCUCUCCGUGUUUUUCACCACGGUCCAGUUCGCCGGUCAAAACGCAGUCGUCUUCUACUCCGUGACUAUCAUGCAGAAGACGGUGACCACCUUGGACAAGUACGCUGCAAUGUUGAUUGUCGAUUUUAUCAGAGUGUGCAUCUCGAUAUGCGCCUGUGUACUCACCAAGAAGUUCAAAGUGCGUCCGCUGACCAUCGUAAGCGGCAUCGGCACCUUCACCUCCCUCUUCGGACUGGCGCUCUUCGUCUAUUUAUCCGAACUUUACCCAGAGAACAAGACAUUCUCAGUUAUGCCUUUGGUGAUGCUGAUCUCAUACAUAGUCUGCAUCAGCACUGGAAUAGUACCACUACCAUGGGCGUUGUGCGGAGAACUGUUCGCUCAAGCCACCAAGGGAAUCGGAGGUGGCAUAAGUACAACCAUCAACUUCCUCACCUUCUUCGCUGUGGUGAAGACUAGCCCGGAUAUGUUCGACACUUUAGGCACGGCCGGUACUUUCGGCACUUACGGCGUCUUUGCCUUCACCGGCACAGUCAUCCUAUACUUCGUGCUACCAGAAACUAAGAACAAAACCCUCAAAGAGAUCGAGGCACACUUCACCAAAGUGAAGAAACCCAUUCUCAAUAAACCUACGUAAAUAUCGAUUCAAGCGCAACCUGUGAACACAAAUAAUAUACAACUGUAUAUAUAUAUUUUUUUUUGUAUAUUUAUUUAUAUUGUAAUAUAAUAA